CAGCGUGGAUUAGCCAGACACAAGAAAAUACUGAAAAGUCUCGAAGGUGUUUCGAUAUCGUGGCCAGAGAAUGAUAUUAAACGUCCGAAGUUGCUGAAUACGAGUCCGAUGUUUUUGGAUUUGUUCCGCGAUAAGGCCAUUUGCGCUGGUUUCACUCACGAGCAAUUCGAGCGUAAUUUCAAACGUAUCGAUGGUGCCGAUCUCUCCUAUCUUCCGCCAGGAUUUUCACACGAAUUCCUCAGCUAUUUCGAAGCUCGGGAAAAGAUAUUACCCACUGAGAGAAUGCGACUGAAGGAGCUGGAAACGGAAGCAAUGAAUUUACGUAAACAACAAGCUGAACUCGAGAAGGAACUUUGUGAGUUGGAAAAAUCGAUAUCAGCGUCGAAUAGCAACACGUCGCCACAACCACGUGUACAGAGUCCGGUUCGAGAACAACGUGUGCUGCUCAGUUGGUACAGUACGAUGGUGGCGUUAGGAGUGAAGAAGAUUCGGAAGCCAUUUACAGGCCUCUCACAUGAACUGUGCUCACCAUCGAAACAACAUCGCGCCUCCAAGACACCAUCGAGUAAACCGUCGACAUCGACUGUAUCGCCAACUGCAUGUGCUCGUUCGAAAACCGAGAACAUUCGGAAGCGUGUGGAAAAUUUCGUCUACUUCCAUCGUUAUGUUCUACUUUUGUUGUGUUCAUUUCAGUGCACCGAUCAGCAUUUGUUGGUAAUGUGUGACAUAUGUAAGAAUCAUUACCAUUUGGCAUGUUUGGAUCCACCACUCGCGAAAAUGCCGAAGAAAAAUCGUAACUGUGGUUGGGAGUGUUCCAUAUGCGCUGAACACAGUGGUGAAGAAGAUGAGCAAUCGGAGGAGGAAUCUGAUAAGGAGCAGUCGGUCAGAAAGCUAAGAGAUCGUACCGAUAUGAAUGAGAAAAGGAAAGAAGAGGAGAAGGUUAGUGAACGAUGUGAUUUCAGUUAA